AGGCGGAAUCAAAAAUGGCUCUUCAAGAUCUUCUUCGCAUGCUGCGCGAAAGUUUGGACCGAGAUGAAAUAAUGACAAAAGAGCUAGGUGCAUUUAUUCAGAACCAGGCGCCCAAAUACAUGAAACCAGCCGCCAAACUCAAUCAAAACGUGGAUCUCGAAGAAAUGGUUGGAGCACUCAAGGAGAGCAUGGAAGAAUCGAUUAUUGCAAUUGAGUCUGUCACCAAAGUAGAAUGAGAGACAAGAAGAAAAGACACUCUCCAAGCGAUGAUUUCAACAACAUUGGCUCAUUCCAUCGGUAUGCUGCACAUUUCCAUAACUUCUCAUAAUUAUUCAAUUUUCAUUCCAUUGAGCAUAAUAUGAAUUUCCAACUAAUUUCUCUAUAAAUGAAUAGAUAUUUUCGUG